AUGCCACCUCGAAAGUCGACCAAACCGAAUCAGAGUCCUCUACUGCUGCAGGGAGAUCUUCAAGAAAGAGGAUCAGUUACAAACAACGGCCAGUAUCGCACUGGAUAUAGUCGCAAAUCCUGCAAAACAACAAAGUCGAUCAUUGAUACUAUCGACGAUAAUCAAGGAGACUGGAACGACCUAGUACGCCGCCUGGAGGAAUAUAUGUGGGCUAUUGAGAGCCAAAUCGACUCUCUCGAAAAGUAUCCUCCAGAAGAUAGAGUCGUCGACGAAGCCUUUAGCCAGCCACUCAUUCGUUAUGUCGAACUUCUCGAGGAUAUUCAUUGCGCGAUCGUCAAUAAUGCGCAUAAGAGACCUCGCACCAGGCGCAGUGCUGUUAUGGCCAUCGGGAAUGUGAAGAUUGACGCUGGACUCAUUCGCAAGUUCAAUCGAGAUAUCGAGGACCGGCAUAGGCAGUUCAUGGAGGCGUUGGCUCUUUUCACAGGUCAUCGUAUCCAGGUCAUCGAACAGCACACUAAAUCGACAGCGGCCAAGGUUGAAACAAUCGUCUCGGACAUCGAUGCAUCUUUCAUAUGCCAACUCCAGGUCGUGGCAUUCGUCCCGUCCUCAGUCCAUAGCACCUGUUUACAAGGGACUCGUCUGGAUGUUCUCGAGAAAAUCAAGACAUGGGCCGAAGACGAUACAUCUGAUAAACCAAUAUUCUGGCUCUGCGACGUAGCCGGUUCGGGCAAAUCCACCGUCGCAAUGUCGGCAGCGGAGACGUGGCCGAGACGUCGAAUACCGAAAAGUUCUGCUCGACGAAAGCGGGUAGUUCUCAUCGUCGACGCCGUGGAUGAAUGCAAAUCCGGACCGCAACGAAGCGAACUUCUCGACACGUUCGUCAAAGCCGCUCGAGAAAGCAGGAAUCUCAAGAUCUUCAUUACCAGUCGGCCAGACCCUGUAAUUGAAUCAGUUCUUCAGCCACUCUCAAUUAAAUCCAAGCUCGAAGAUCGGCUCCACGAUAUCACUUACCGUGACAACAUGGAUGACAUCGCCACCUAUGUCCAUGAAUCACUCUACACCGUUCUGCCCGAGGACAAGCGGCAACAGCUCAUUGAGAAGGCGCACGGAUUAUUCAUCUGGGCGAGCACCGCAUGUCGAAUGAUCAAUAGCAAGACAGCAUGGGACACCCCCGAGACUAUAUACGACUGGUUGACUUCGGUGGACCAAAGUGGAGAUAUAGACGAUGUAUACAAGCUCAUUUUUGAGCGCGUAGACCCCAGAUUCCACACGGUCAUGUGCGGCAUGCUGGCACUACUGCUUGCCGCAUUCGAACCACUGACCGCCAACGACCUCGACAACAUUCUUAAGCAUAUCGGACUACGCGGAUACUCCGAUGCGUUGAUUCGGAACCUUGGAAGUGUCAUAUACAGGACAAAGCAACAAAAGUUAUUCAAUUUCGUCAUCCGACUCUUGUUGAGUACCUGCAACGCUGCUAUGACACUCCAGUCCCCGAAGAAUCAAGCAGCAUCUACAUCAACAUUCACGAUGCACAUGGUCAAAUUGCGUCGUGGUGCUUCAGUAACCUUCAAUCGACAGGAGGACUCAAGUUCAACGCAGAUGAUUCGGAUCCCAUACAUAUUAUACUGGAUGGAGGUGCUGAGCUUCAUCCAAGGGGUUCCUCGAGCUAUAGAUGGCCUUCGGGCUAUGACUCGAGAUACUACUGAGAAAGAGACAAGAAGUCGCAUAAUGGAUGUGAGACGAUUUAUGAUGGCAUUUUCAGUACCUAUUCAAGAGAGUGCUCCACAUAUCUACGUCUCGGCGCUUCCAUUCACUCCUAUAGAAUCAUACCUGCAUAUGGAGGGCUUAGAUAUGUAUAAGGGCACUCUCAAGGUGACAAAAGGGCUCGAACAGAGAUACCGAGGACUUCCAGAAGCACUUCGUGGACAUACAGAAGUGGUCGAGACAGUCGCAUUUUCACCAGACGGCUCGCGAAUCGUCUCUGGGUCGUGGGAUCAGACAAUUCGACUAUGGGAUGCGGAGACUGGCCAGUCGUUGGGAGAGCCACUCCGAGGCCACACAGGCCCGGUCACCGCCGUCGCAUUCUCACCAGACGGCUCGCGAGUCGUCUCUGAGACUGGCCAGUCGUCGGGAGAGCCACUCCGAGGCCACACAGGCGCGGUCACCGCCCUCGCAUUCUCACCAGAUGGCUUGCGAAUCGUCUCUGGGUCGUGGGAUGACACAAUUCGACUAUGGGAUGCAGAGACUGGCCAGUCGUUGGGAGAGCCACUUCGAGGCCACACAGGCGAGGUCAGCGCCGUCGCAUUCUCACCAGACGGCUCGCGAAUCGUCUCUGGGUUGUGGGAUCACACAAUUCGGCUAUGGGAUGCAGAGACUGGCCAGUCGUUGGGAGAGCCACUUCGAGGCCACACAGGCGAGGUCAGCGCCGUCGCAUUCUCACCAGACGGCUCGCGAAUCGUCUCUGGGUCGGAUGAUCAGACGAUUCGACUAUGGAAUGCAGAGACUGGCCAGUCGUUGGGAGAGCCACUUCGAGGCCACACAGGCGAGGUCAGGGCCGUCGCAUUCUCACCAGACGGCUCGCGAAUCGUCUCUGGGUCAUGGGAUAAUACGAUUCGACUAUGGAAUGCGGAGACUGGCCAGUCGUCGGGAGAGCCACUUCGAGGCCACACAGGCGAGGUCAGCGCCGUCGCAUUCUCACCAGACGGCUCGCGAAUCGUCUCUGGCUCGUGGGAUGACACAAUUCGACUAUGGGAUGCAGAGACUGGCCAGUCGUUGGGAGAGCCACUUCGAGGCCACACAGGCCCGGUCAGCGCCGUCGCAUUCUCACCAGACGGCUCGCGAAUCGUCUCUGGCUCGUGGGAUGACACAAUUCGACUAUGGGAUGCAGAGACUGGCCAGUCGUUGGGAGAGCCACUUCGAGGCCACACAGGCGAGGUCAGCGCCGUCGCAUUCUCACCAGACGGCUCGCGAAUCGUCUCUGGGUCGUGGGAUCACACAAUUCGGCUAUUGGAUGCAGAGACUGGCCAGUCGUUGGGAGAGCCACUUCGAGGCCACACAGGCGAGGUCAGGGCCGUCGCAUUCUCACCAGACGGCUCGCGAAUCGUCUCUGGGUCAUGGGAUAAUACGAUUCGACUAUGGAAUGCGGAGACUGGCCAGUCGUCGGGAGAGCCACUCCGAGGCCACAGUGGUGUGGUCAACGCCGUCGCAUUCUCGCAAGAUAGCUUCCUAAUUAUGACCGGCUCUGCAGACUCCACAGUUAGACUGAGUGACACCGCGUUCGGUUCGUUCCACUUUACCCCUGUUUCACCGUCAUGCUUUAAGCUCACAAAUUCCCCUAGUUCAGCCAUCUAG